GCUAGUUUGUUUGCACCAACAUAGGUCCAGCAGGGCAAAGUAUCAUCUCACUGAUGCCAAUACCACGUAAUGGAUGACCCCAUUCAUAGUUUCUGCUUGCAACGGCCUGCAUCACCGGGUCUAUAAAUACCUCCCUAUCCUCUUCACCCAAACAUCGACAACACCUGCACCUGCAAUCAUCUGGCUGGUCUUGUGUUUCACCAAUCUCUGCCUCCCUGCUCUCUGGCUCGCAACUGCAAUCAUCUGCGCCCUUGAUUUCAGCAUGGAGGUAGCCAUAGGUGCGGCGCGAUGGGUGGUGGGCAAGGCGCUGGGCCCUGUCGCCGACGGCUUGCUGGAGGCGUGGGCUGCCAGCAAGGAGCUAGGCCCUAACGUUGAUGCGCUAAAGAUGGAGCUUCUCUAUGUGCAGGGGAUGCUCAACAACUCCCGCAGCCGGAACAUUGACAACCCUGCACUUAACGUGCUGCUGCAGAAGCUGCGGGACCUCGCGUACAAUGCCGAGAACGUGCUGGACGAGCUCGACUACUUCCGUAUCCAGGACCAGCUCGACGGCACCUACGAGGCCGCCGACGAGCAUGCCAGGGGCUGCGUGUGCAAUCUCUACCUCAACGCUCAUCACACCGCUAGAGCUGCUGGCAAACUGCUCUGCUUCUGUCCAUUUUCGCGUACGGCUAGCCGUGUUGAUCCAAGCGAGCCAAGGGAAGAAGAUACAAGGCAACAAGUACUCUGCUGCGCUUGGCCAUGUGCCAAGCAGCGGGGUGCACGCGGAAACACCCCGUCAGCGCCACACAACCACCAGGCCAACGAAGAGGUCAGAAGAUGCAUGUGCAAGCUCGCUUCUGGUGCUUGCAACACCAUCCGUCAUGUUGGUAAACUCCUCCAUUGCUCAUCCCUCCCAACUCAUGAUGAUGAUAGUUCUGUCAUGCCAGUCAUUUGCGGUGCCUGCAAGCACAAGGCAUCCCUGAAAAAGCAUGUGAAAGAAACUCCAAAACUAGAGUUUGAUAGGGUGGAUCUGUCUAAAAGAAUGAAGCAUAUUGUAGAGCAACUGCAGCCCGUGUGUGCAAAGGUUGCAACCAUUCUUAAUCUAGAGUUGUUGGGUUCUAGCCAUACUACCGCCCCAAGCAUUGCCAAGAGUCCAUCCACCACCACCUCUGACAUUAUAGAGUCAACACUGUACGGGAGAGAAACUGCGAAGAAGAGCAUCAUAGAUAGUAUUACUCAUGUUAAAUAUAGUGACAAAGACCUAACUAUCCUGCCAAUUGUUGGUUCGGGUGGCAUAGGGAAGACAACUCUCGUACAACACAUAUAUCACAGCCAAGAAGUGCAAAAACAUUUUCAGGUCAAGGUCUGGAUAUGUGUAUCUCAGAAUUUCAUUGUUAAUAAGCUGACUGAAGAGAUUGAAAAAGCAAUACCUAGUGUGGAAGGUGAAAAAGGGGGUAGAGCAGAAGUGUUAAUUGAACAGAGAUUAAAUUCUAAAAGGUUUCUGCUUGUAUUAGAUGAUAUUUGGAAGUGUGAAUCUGAGGACUGGGAAAGGCUUUUAGUACCACUCAGAAAAGGGCAGACAAAGGGCAAUAUAAUUUUAGUGACAACUCGGUUUCCAGCUGUAGCAGAAAUGGUUAAAACAACUGAUAGUUCAAUAGAUCUGAAGGGCUUAGAACAAGGAGUGUUUACAGACUUUUUUCGAGCAUGCAUUUUUCGCGAUAAGCAAUCACAAAAAGAUCAUCAUGGGUUACUUGAGAUUGGUGAAACCUUUUCGAGCAUACAUUUUAAAUAUUUUUAGUUUGUAAGAUAAAUGUUCUGUUUUAUUUCACUUCUUCAUUCUAAUAUUUGUUCUCUUCUUUAUAUUUAAAAUAUUAUCAAAAUGUAAGAUAAUAUGUUAUCUUUUAUUUCACUUCUUCAUUCUAAUAGAUCUUAUCUUUUUUACAUUUGAAUUAUUUUUAAAUAUAAGAUAAUAUGUUGACCUUCCUAAUUAUAAAUUUUAUUUUCUGUUUGAUACUUGAAAUAUUAUUAAAUCAAUCUAGUUGGGACAAUCGCAUGCAUGCCUCCACAUGCACCAUGUACUAGAAGCAGGUUUUUCUUCUCGGUCUCACCAAUUGAGACCAAACUUUAUGCACACCCUACGAUGACCAUAGCAAGCAUGCAUGGCGAGUAUCGUUCAUUUCCGGCACUCGAUGCAUUUUGUAGGGGUUUUCCAGCGAUAAAACCCUAGAAUAGUGCCCCGACGUGACGCAACGUGCGUAUUGUGUCCGAAUUCGUGCACACCUUGCCUGGGGGACCACAUUGGCCAUGCCCACAUGGUCCCAAAAGUUGGGGUCAUCUCAUGCAUGCCUCCACAUGAACCAUGUACAAGUCGGACUAUUCGGGUCUGCCGGAGGGCAAGUCUGAACGAGGAUUUCCUUGUCGGUCCCACCAAAUGAUCCCAAACUUUAUGCACACCCUACCAUGACCAUGGCAUGCAUGCAUGACAAGUAUCGUUCAUUUCCGACACUCGUUGCAUUUUCUAGGGUUUUUCCGGUGACAAAACCGUAGUACACUGCCCCGACGUGACGCAACGUGCGUUUUGUGUCCGAAUUUGUGCACAACUUGCUUGGGGGACCACAUUGGCCAUGCCCACAUGGUUCCAAAAGUAGGAGUCAUCCCAUGCAAGGCUCCACAUGCCCCAUGUACAAAUAGGACCAUUCAGGUCUGCCGGAGGGCAAGUCUGAAAGAGGUUUUCCUUCCCGGUCCCACCAAUUGAUCUCAAACUUUAUAUAGACCCUAGGAUGACCAAGGCAAGCAUGCUUGACAAGUAUCGUUCAUUUCCGAGACUCGAUGCAUUUUGUAGGGUUUUACCGGCGAAAAAAACCCUUGAACACUACCCUGACGUGACGCAACAUGUGUUUUGUGUCCGAAUUCGUGCAGACCUUGCCUGCUGGACCACAUUGGCCAUGCUCACAUGGUCCCAAAAGUUGGGGUCAUCUCAUGCAUGCCUCCACAUGCAUCAUGUACAAGCACGACCAUUCUGGACUGCCGGAGGGCAGGUCAGAAAGUGGUUUUCGAUGCCGGUCCCACCAAUUAGGAAGUCAUAAAUAGGACAACAUUUAAUCAUACAUAUUUGAAAUUGAAAACUAUGAGAAGAAAUGAUAUGGAAAUAUGAAACAUGAAAAAACAAUUAGGAAUGAGACGGAGAAAACAUAAAAUAACAGGAAAACCAAAAAAGGAAAGAGAAACAUUACAUUUGAAUUUAUAAUAUUGCGGAUAUGAGAGAGAUACUAUAAAUAUUGUUAAACAUAUACAAGUAUACAAUAACUAAUAGGUGAAAACAAAGAUUAUAUUUUUUUUUGAGGGAAGAAACAAUGAUAUUUAUUUUGAGCAACUGAAACAAACAUUAUAUGGUUACGGAUGUAGAUUGGUGGGCUGGCCCAGACCGCAAAUACCUCUCGGAUCCAUGUUGCGGGGGCCCAAAACGGUGCGCUUUCCAUGCACGUCGAUCACAUGCACGUCGAUCAUGGGAGUAGUUGCCGUUCUGUUACACAAUUCCGGGAUCGUGCUAAUCCAUAUUUUCCUUAUCCCUACGAUUGAGGAGCACGUUCAGCCUCGCUUCAACCGAGGAAAAUAUAGAUCCCGCGAUUCGCCUCAGGGAAGUUACGACGACCUAGGAGUCGACCUCGUAUAUAAUCUCCACCUGCUCGCACAUGUCGUCGACUAGAUCGCCUCCUGCCGGCGAGUCGUCGACAACUCCUUCCGCCGCAUCCCACACGCCAGAAAAACCCCGAGAAGAUCAAGGUCGUCCGCACGUGGUGGCCGCCCUCGACGAACUACAUCGACACCGCAUCGCCGACUUCUUUCAUCUUC